UCUAUCUCCUCCAGUCUACCUUCUUCUCUCCUCUGUUCUCCAUGUCUGUUCUUUUCGUUUGUCUCUCCGUCUCCCGUGUCUCUGUUCGUGCCCUGUGUUGUAUAUUUUCUGGAACAGUGAUGUUUGUUUGCGCGUUUGUUGGUAGCGAAGGUGUGGUAGUACACUGUCGUCUGCAUUUCAUUUUGUACGGGAAUCUACGCAGAUCUCCAGUGCUGAGAUGAGUUUAAAGAGAAGUAGAAUUUUCUUGUUGGAGUUGGUUUGAACUUCCAACGGAACAUCGGAUGGAACACAGUUAGUAGAAGGCACCUGGAACCGAGAAUGAACUGGGCGUCCUUCUAUGCCGUGAUCAGCGGCGUGAACCGGCACUCCACCGGGAUCGGCCGGGUCUGGCUCUCAGUGCUCUUCAUCUUCCGCCUCCUGGUGCUAGUGGUGGCGGCAGAGAGCGUAUGGGGCGAUGAGAAGGCGCACUUCACCUGCAACACGCAGCAGCCGGGCUGCAACAGCGUGUGCUAUGACCACUUCUUCCCCAUCUCCCACAUUCGUUUGUGGGCCCUGCAGCUCAUUAUGGUCUCCAGCCCCGCGUUGCUGGUGGCCAUGCACGUAGCACACCGUCGCCACCUCGACAAGAAGCUGUACCGCCGCACGGGCCGCGGCAGCCCCAAGGAGCUUGAGCAGCUUAAACUGCAGAAGAUGAAGAUCACCGGCGCACUCUGGUGGACGUACAUCAUCAGCCUGCUCUUCCGCGUUCUGUUCGAGUCAGCUUUCAUGUACCUCUUCUACAGGAUCUACCCGGGCUACAAGAUGUUCCGCCUGGUGAAGUGCGACUCCUAUCCAUGCCCCAACACCGUCGACUGCUUUGUGUCCCGGCCCACGGAGAAGACCGUCUUCACUGUCUUCAUGCUGGCCGUCUCGGGCGUCUGCAUCCUCCUCAACAUCACCGAGGUGGUCUUCCUCGUUGCCAGGGCGACUAGUCAGCACCUGAACAAUUCCAAGGACUCUCCCCUGGGGGCAUGGAUCACGCAGAAACUUUUCUCCUAUUAGAGGAGCACUUGUUUUACAGACUCACACCCCAAAUCUCCAGCUCUCCGCCCUGACCCCAUCCUGACCCCUCCUACUUUCCUUUUAUGCUGCUAUGACUUAAUCCUAAUUCUGACACCCUCUCUGUAAAACGCCAUUUAGAAAGUCCUAUCAGGAACUGACCCCUGCAAAUGAGUGUUAUACUGCAGCAACAACCAUUUUCAAACUUCAACCCAAAGUGUUUGCUGUGUUCUCUGUGAGUCAGGUACUGGUUAGUUCUUCCUCCCUCCCUCCCUCCCUCCCUCCUUCUCCCUCUCCCUCUCUCUCUCUCUCUCUCUCUCUCUCUCUCUCUCUCUCUCUCUCUCUCUCUCUCUCUCUCUCUCUUUCUCUCUCUCUCUCGCUCUGUGAGGGUCAACCACAGAUGUAAUUGCAGUGACUUUGUUUGGCACUAUUGCUAUACUCCAGCAGGUAGGGGGGAGUGUGUUUAAUACUAAUGACACAGUUGCACUAAAGGUAUCUCAUCCAGCUGGCUGGGGCCAAUUACUUCAUUUCCCAGAAUGCACGCCAAGAUCCAAUGAUUGGCUACUGGCAGUGCUGGAAUAUGGCAGUAAGAUAUUAAUAAAUAAUAAAUAUCAAUAUUCUGUAAGGCCUUCUAAUUACUGAAUGCUGUUUUGUAUAUUGUUCUUAACAAAAUGAUUUAAUAAAACGUAUAUCAAUAAAGGUGUUAAAAACAAAGCAAAGCAAACUAAUCAUGCUGCUUUGUGCUCUUGGGAUUAUAAAAUUGCAGUAAAAACCGAAUAAACAAGUUGUUUUUAAACACA